CUCCGAAUACGGCGAAUGACGAGGCCAACUACAACAAGGCACGAGUGGAAUGAAUUGCACUGAAGCUCCGUCACAAGUCAAGCCAUAUUCUCCUUCGAGUGCCUUUGCAUGGGCACCCAAUCGUCAUGUCUACUGAUAAAGGGAGUCGAGAUGUCCUGCCAAAAGAUCUCAUGGAGCUUCAGCUUGGUCAGAUCGACCUCCUGAUGGCCAUGUAUGCGUCGGAUGACGCUAUAUCGAUUGAUGCUGCAUCGUCCAACUUACUUGAAGCACUCAGAGAUUGGUGUGAGAGUGAUCGGGAGACGGUACCUGAGUGUACUGAGGAGUGCAUAACCAUGCUCCUUAGCCUGGACGUUUCUGAUGAAGACCAUAGCUCAGAUGAGACAAAGUCCCUGCAACUUAGCUUGUCUGUACCGUUGGUCUACGAAAAAGGCGGAAAAGCACUAGCACCUACGGAAGCAUCACCAGUCAAAACCAGAAUACAACAACCAGCGUGGAUGAGCAAAGGCGAAGUAGCCCGCCUCACUGCCGAAAUCCCCGACGGAGACAUAUUGACCGUCAUUGAACAUGUCAAGGAGGCAGCGUGUCAGCAUCUGGCAGGGUUAAAACAAGUGGAUGCAAUAAAUGGACAUGCAGAUACAUCAAUAGUCCGCGUUUGGUUUUACUUCCCCUCAAUCAGCACCCGGUCAAAACGAGACGAUCUCGUAAACUACGGCCCAACCUAUGGACUGACGGGAUUCCUUCUCGCUGGAAAGCCAGGCGUGUUAUGUCUCGAGGGAGGAUCUCAGGCCAUUGAUGAAUUCAUGAAAUUCAUCAAGACGGAGAGCUGGGGCGACAUUCCCUCGCAUCAUAAAAAAGUCAGCGAGCGCUAUCGAGAGGAAGGACAGGAAGUUAGACGGGCGUUCAAGGAUAUGCAAGAGAUUACGGACAUGAUUGGCGAGAGAAGAGGAGAGCGAGCAAACCGGAACGAUAUGAAAGCGUUAGAGGCGUGGCUUAACGAAAGUGGCCUAGGUGAAGCCUUUGGCAAAGUUGUCAUGUAGUCAGGUCGUCACGAGUCAUUGGUGGAUUUCUGCUUUUGACUGAGACCUUUCAUAUUGCAGGAUACAAAUGCCUCCUGUCUCUUACACACCGUUGAAUCAGUCUGGUGGACACGAUGGAUUAUGACGACCUGGACCGCGGCAUAUUGUAAUUUUUAGAACCAGAAGCAAUCCAGGUCACGCCUGGGGAACAAAAAGGAAAGCCAAUAGCAAAAAUACAUACAACAGUGGGGAUUCGCUGAUCGUCACCGACUCAACUACUAAUCCACCUCUCGCUAGCUUAUCUGUUGGAGAUCGAACGGGAUCCUGAGUUCU